CUCCGUGCCCUCUCUGCUGUGUGGACCGCCCCCUCCCCCUUGGGCAUCUGUGUGCGGGGGCAGCUGGGGGAGGCGAAGCUUCUGGGAAGCGCACCACGGCAGUUCAGUACCUUUACACGCCUGCUCUCUGCCUCCAGCGUUGUUUUAUCCAUGUCCGAUCGUUUCGAAUGGGAAGCAACCGGCACGCCCACUGCAGUCGAUGACAGCACCACGACCACCACAAACGACUAUGGCAUCAGCGCAAGCAGCGGCGACAGCAGCAGCAGCAGCAGCAGCAGCAGCAGCAGCAGCAUGAGCAGAAUGGAGAGGACUGGUGCAAGGAACGGCAGUGACGGGGUGAGCAGCACGAGCAUUAGGAAGCGCGGCGGCAAAAACCACCACAAUCACAGGAGUAACAGCAGCAGCAGCGAGAGCAGUAGCGGCAAGUGGUGGACGAGUAGCAGCAGGAGCAGGAGUAUCAGGAAUAGCAGGAGGAUGAAGAGGAGGAGAAGUGCUGGUGCUGGUGCUGGUGGUGCUGGUGGUGGCGAUGGUGGGCGCAGCAAGUUCAACAGCAGCUUGAGGAGAGCAAGCAGCAGAAGCAGCGGGAGGGGCAAACGGGUGCUGCGGAGACUGCUCCAUGAGGCUGACACAGAGGUGACUCUUAAGUCGACUCAAGAGUCGGCCUUGACGCAACUGCUCGGUGCGGCUGGCACAAAGGAGGCAGGAGAGGGAAGUGAGAGCUGGAGGAAAGGUAGCACGGGGAAAGGUGGCCGAAGCAACAUUGAAACAGCGGAAUCCCCUCUCCCUCUGCUCCCUGGCAGCUGGGAAGAGGCUCUUUCCGCUCUCUUCCCCUCCAUCACCAUUCUUUAUCGCCCCCCCUCCUGGCUGCAGCAGUCACAGCAGGCAUAUGCCAGCAUCGCCAGGAGCAUGGGAGGAGACAGCGUUAGGGAGGGUGACAUGGAGGCAGGGGGGGGCGGAGAGAUGUGGGACGGGGGAAAGGAGAAGGGGGAUGUUCUCGCACGGCAUGUUGAUGUGAUUAAGGUGGAUGCAGAGCACCUGGGCCCUGCUGCCAUCGCAUCCUGGGCUGCAGCUUUGCAUGAUGCGUCCUCCGCAGUAGCAACGGCUGCAGGGAAAGGAUCUUCAACAUCAUCAACAUCAUCGUCAGCAGCAGCAUCGCCCGCACCCCUCCCUCUCUCCAUCUGUCAGCUGCUGGUGUCUUUCCCCGUUAGUGAGGCAGCCACGGCAGAGAGGAAAGGAGUGGAUGAGCAGAUAGAGCGAGCGGGGUUUCAGCUGGCGUCGUGCGUUGGCUCUGUGCCUGACUGGGACCGACAGUGCUGCUCCUACUUCCAUGUGCGCAACUGUGUUGGUUAACCACCUUGCCACGACAAGAACCAUCGCCUGCACUCCUCCCCUCUCAGUGUGGCAGCUGCUGGUGUCUUUGCCCGUGGGCAGGCAGCCACUGACAAGAGAAUGGGCGUGGAUGAGGGGUUUCAGCUGGCCUCAUGCGUUGUCUCUAGUCUUGAUUGGCACCGACAGUGCUGCUCCUACUUUCAUGUGCGUAACUGUGUUGGCUUGGCUGACAUUGUUGCUGGUGUCUUGCGUUGUGGGUGAAGCAGCCACUGCGGAGAGAAUGGGUGUGGAUGAGCCGGUGGAGCGAGCGGGGUUUCAGUUGGCCUCGUGUGUUGGCUCUGUGCCCUAUUGGGACCAGCAGUGCUACUCCUACUUCCGUGUAAAGUGCAUUGGCUGAUACCGUAAUCACCCGGAUAGACACCCCUAGGGGCGUUUACUAGACUGGUUUGAAAACGUGGGGGGGCGUUUGAUUGAAUAAUAAAUAUAAUCCCAUGCGCGUUUAAAAAGGAUUAUAUGCAGAUAAAAAGUUUGACAUCGACGUGUAGCUCCUGGUUUGUU